UAUAGAUAACCAUGAAGCAUUUACGAUACUGACUGUAUUGACUCGAAAAUAAUUUGACAUUCACGUGCUUAAGUUUAACGAAUAUGGCACAAUGUUAUUAAUUUUAUCGAUAAUUGUAAUGUAUAACAGAGCUCUUAUGAUCGACAGCGCUCCUAAACUUGGUCACAUCAACUUUGACCCCUUAUCAAAUGAAGCUAAAUUUCCAGAAAUGAGUUUGAAAGACAUAAUUUUUAGUCUUAUGAACAAACAUUACAAUACCUCCGCACCUGAACAAGAAAAAGUAUUAAAUACUUCACCAAAAUUUAAGUUCCGACGAGCGGAUGGUGUGAACAGUAACCAAACACAUUGCACAGGCUAUGAUUACAAUGACACUAUUUGCAAAACUGUCGAUGACAGAGUUAUUUGUGGCUAUAACAAGAAUAUAGGAGAAGUUCAAAACGAAUCAGUCGAAGUCGGAAAUGGCUGUAGAAUACGCGGUGAUAGAUUGGAAUGUGGUUAUUUAAAGGGACCAUUUAACAACACAAGAAGACCACCAGUCAGCGAUGAAGAAGAAAGUGAAUCGGAAGAAAACAAUAAGAAGCUUCGUUAUACUGUGGAUCUAAAAAGCACCAGUUGGAGAAAGAAAUCUAAUACUUUGACUACACCACCUACAACAGUUAUGAACUUAACUUCUACAAAAAAUAACAAGUCUUAUCAAAAUACAUCCCAUGUAACAAAAACCCAUUUUAUUUCAAGUUCUACUACAAAUAAACCCAUGGUUAUUAAGAAAGAAAAAGUAACCAAACGCAAAAAGCGUUGCGUUGAGAAAAACGACAGAAUAUUUUGUUAUGAAAAUAAAUCCUAAAAUACGCAAAA